GCGAGACGAGGCAACCUCUAGCCGUUGUGUGGGUCGGGCGGAUCCUCCCAGAGGUGGCACCAUGGAGCGCUCCCCUGGAGACGACUCCAGCCCCAGCCCCAGCCCCGUGGAGCAGCCCUCUGCUCCUUCUGACCCCCCUGACCAGCCCCCCACUGCUCACACGAAGCCGAAUCCGAGUUCUGGGAACCAACCCGCCGCCCCAAGUGCUGCCGGUGAGGCCCUGGCGGUGCUGUCUUCGUUCGGGCGGCGGUUGCUGGUGCUGGUGCCGGUGUACCUGGCCGGGGCAAUAGGACUCAGCGUCGGUUUCGUGCUCUUCGGCCUCGCCCUCUACCUGGGCUGGCGCCGGGUCCGCGACAAGAAAGAACGGAGUCUUCGAGUAGCGCGGCAGCUGCUGGACGACGAGGAGCAGCUCACGGCGAAAACACUUUAUAUGAGCCAUCGAGAGCUACCUGCCUGGGUCAGCUUCCCAGAUGUGGAAAAGGCUGAGUGGCUAAAUAAGAUUGUGGCCCAGGUCUGGCCCUUCCUGGGCCAGUAUAUGGAGAAGCUUUUGGCUGAAACUGUGGCCCCAGCUGUUCGAGGAUCUAACACCCACCUGCAAACAUUUACAUUUACACGAGUGGAACUGGGUGAAAAGCCAUUGCGCAUCCUAGGAGUCAAAGUUCACACUGGUCAGAGCAAACAACAGAUCCUGCUGGACUUGAACAUCAGCUAUGUAGGUGACGUACAGAUUGAUGUGGAAGUGAAGAAAUAUUUCUGCAAAGCAGGAGUCAAGGGCAUGCAGCUACAUGGUGUCUUGCGGGUGAUCCUUGAGCCACUCAUUGGGGACCUUCCUAUCGUGGGGGCUGUGUCAAUGUUCUUUAUCCGACGCCCGACCCUAGAUAUCAACUGGACAGGGAUGACCAACCUGCUGGAUAUCCCAGGACUCAGCUCACUCUCUGACACCAUGAUAAUGGAUUCUAUCGCUGCCUUUCUCGUGUUGCCCAACCGAUUAUUGGUGCCCCUUGUGCCUGACCUUCAAGAUGUGGCCCAGUUGCGUUCCCCUCUUCCCAGGGGCAUUAUUCGGAUUCAUCUGCUUGCUGCUCGACGGCUGAGCUCCAAGGACAAAUACGUCAAGGGCCUGAUUGAGGGCAAGUCAGACCCCUACGCGCUUGUGAGAGUGGGCACCCAGACGUUCUGCAGUCGUGUCAUCAAUGAGGAACUCAACCCCCAGUGGGGAGAGACUUAUGAGGUGAUAGUACACGAGGUCCCAGGGCAGGAGAUUGAGGUGGAGGUGUUUGACAAGGAUCCAGACAAAGAUGACUUUCUGGGCAGAAUGAAGCUGGAUGUAGGGAAGGUAUUGCAGGCUGGAGUACUGGAUGAUUGGUUCCCUCUUCAAGGCGGGCAAGGCCAAGUUCACCUAAGGCUAGAAUGGCUGUCGCUUUUGCCAGAUGCAGAAAAACUGGAGGAGGUUCUACAGUGGAAUCGAGGCAUCUCCUCCCGACCAGAGCCCCCAUCAGCUGCCAUCUUAGCUGUCUAUCUGGAUCGGGCCCAGGAUCUUCCUCUGAAGAAGGGGAACAAGGAACCUAACCCCAUGGUACAGCUGUCAAUUCAGGAUGUGACCCAGGAGAGCAAGGCACUCUACAGCACCAACUGCCCAGUGUGGGAGGAGGCCUUCCGGUUCUUCCUGCAAGACCCUCGAAGCCAGGAGCUUGAUGUGCAGGUGAAGGAUGACUCCAGGGCCCUGACUUUAGGGGCACUGACCCUGCCUCUGGCUCGCCUGCUGACUGCCCCUGAACUCACCCUGGACCAGUGGUUCCAGCUCAGCAGCUCUGGCCCGAACACCAGGCUCUACAUGAAGCUGGUUAUGAGGAUCUUGUAUUUGGAUUCAUCAGAAUUGCGCUUCCCUGCCAUGCCUGAUUCUCCUGGGCCUUGGGACCUGGACAAUGAGAAUCCUCAGAUAGGCAGCAGUGUGGACAUCCCACCUCGACCCUGUCACACUACUCCUGACAGUCACUUUGGGACUGAGAAUGUGCUUCGGAUCCAUGUAUUAGAGGCCCAGGACCUGAUUGCCAAAGACCGUUUCUUGGGGGGUUUGGUGAAGGGCAAGUCAGACCCCUAUGUCAAACUAAAGCUGGCAGGACGAAGCUUCCGGAGCCGUGUUAUUCGGGAAGAUCUCAAUCCCCGCUGGAAUGAGGUUUUUGAGGUGAUCGUUACAUCAAUUCCAGGCCAAGAGCUGGAGGUUGAGGUUUUUGACAAGGACCUGGACAAGGAUGACUUUCUGGGCAGGUGUAAAGUGAGUCUCACCACAGUUCUCAACAGUGGCUUCCUUGAUGAGUGGCUCACCCUGGAGGACGUCCCAUCUGGCCGUCUGCACUUGCGUCUGGAGCGUUUGAGCCCCCGUCCCACUGCUGCUGAGUUAGAGGAGGUGCUACAGGUGAACAGUUUGAUUCAGACCCAGAAGAGUGCAGAACUGGCGGCGGCCCUGUUGUCUGUCUACCUAGAACGGGCUGAGGAUCUGCCGCUCCGAAAGGGCACCAAGCCUCCCAGCCCUUAUGCCACUCUCACCGUGGGAGAUGCUACUCAUAAGACGAAGACUGUCGCCCAAACUUCAGCCCCUAUCUGGGACGAGACUGCCUCCUUUCUCAUCAGGAAACCGAACAGUGAGAGCCUGGAGUUGCAGGUUCGGGGCGAGGGGACUGGUGCACUGGGCUCAUUAUCCCUGCCCCUCUCGGAGCUCCUUGUGGCUGACCGGCUCUGCUUAGACCGCUGGUUUACACUCAACAAUGGUCAAGGGCAGGUGCUCCUGAGAGCACAGCUAGGGAUCCUGGUGUCCCAGCACUCGGGAGUGGAAGCUCACAGCCACAGCUCCUCGUCUCUGAGUGAAGAACCAGAGCUCUGGGGGGGACUCCCUCACAUCACCUCCUCAGCCCCAGAGCUCCGGCAGCGCCUAACACAUGGUGACAGUCCCGUUGAGGCCCCAGCUGGGCCUCUGGGCCAGGUGAAACUGACUGUUUGGUACUACAGUGAAGAACGAAAGCUGGUCAGCAUUGUUCACAGUUGCCGGGCCCUUCGACAGAAUGGACGGGAUCCCCCUGACCCCUACGUGUCACUGUUGCUACUGCCAGAUAAGAAUCGAGGCACCAAGAGGAAGACCUCACAGAAGAAGAGGACCCUAAAUCCUGAAUUCAAUGAACGGUUUGAGUGGGAACUGCCCCUGGAUGAGGCUCUUCGGCGAAAGCUGGACAUCUCUGUGAAGUCUAAUUCCUCCUUCAUGUCAAGAGAACGUGAGCUGUUGGGAAAGGUGCAGUUGGACCUCGCUGAGAUAGACCUUUCCCAGGGUGCAGCCCAGUGGUAUGACCUCAUGGAUGACAAGGACAAAGGCAGCUCCUAGAAGCUGGGGAUUGCCAGCCUGACUGCCAUCUCCUUGCCUUGCCUCUCGCUGCAUCACCGCGUCAAUGUGAUGAGCCUAAGGCCUAGGGCCUGAGGACAGAGCCUGUGCCCCUCAGCCCUCUCACCUCCCAGGCCCAUGCUAGGGCCUCUGCCUGACCAAAGAGGAGGACCACUUUACCCUUCACUGCACGGCCUUUAUUCAUCUGGGCUCCUGGGGUGGAGACCUGAGCUGGCUAUUUCUAUUUCUCUGCCUGCACAUUCUUCUUUCCUCCCAACUCAGGGCCUUCUGUAUCUGUGCCUGGCCACUGGCAGCACUAGCAGUGGCAUUAGCUUAUGCCGAAUAGAGCUUUUGGAAAGAUCUUUUUUCUUUUAAUUUGAAGGUCACCUUCUUCCCCACCAUGAACAGUCAGGGAGAGUAAAUACAUGAGUGGGAAGGUGGAUAGGCUGACCAGUCAAGCUAAGAGCCUCUUGGACUACUGCAUGUAGCAAAUGUACAGCAACCCAGGCCCCUGUGUCCAGUUCUAUCCCCACUUUCCUCAAGCCUGUUCUGAAAAUUACACCUGCUAUGAUGACUAGGGCCAGUCUCUUGAUUCACUCUGGGAAUUGGGAACACCUGGAUUCUACCCAAGCCUUCAAGUAGUGGAUAUCAGUCUUGGCGCCUCUAGCUGGUGCUGUGCAGAGGGCCUUGGAGGACUUGGGACAGCAGGGCAAUUUUUUGUCCAGGUUCCUAGGCUGUCAACUCACUGACUAGAACUGAAUCUUAAUUUUACACCAAUUCUGCCAAUCCACUGUAUCUUAUAUUAAACAUUAUACUCAAACCA